UUUCCCAGACGCCUUUGCGGCAGGCCUAUUCUGUGGUUGGGAUUAUUUCCUCAUUAAAUCCUCCCAUUACACCAUAGUUAGAACGCUUCCUGGUUCUACCGGGACCAAUUGGAAUGAAUGGCAGGGCAUUUCUCCACCAAUCAGAAGUUACAUUAUCACUUCUUCCUCAACUCCGCCCCUUCCGCUCGUCUUCUCAGGAAUCCCAAUGUCUUUCUAAUCCCAUUUCAAUGGAAAUUUGCGCCUUGGCUCCUCCGGAAAUGGAAAAGCCUCCCAGUCUUCUAGAACGCAGGAGAAAGUUGAUUAGAUGGUCUUUUCAUAGGUCCUUUCAAAGUUGGACUACAAAACACUGAAGUCACCUGGUCUUGGUUCUAUUUCUACUCUAUUUACCCCCUAGAGCGCUGCACUGGGGUCUCUAGGGAUGAGGCGAGUGGAGAUGAAAAGACAAGUCAACCGCACAGCCCUCUGGGAAAUAUAGCCUGGCGCUGGCGCGGAGGAUCCUGGGUGGAGUAGCGCUGAGUAGAAUCACAUGACCCUGGAGAAGAAGAGGAGCUUAAAAGAGAGCCAUUGGGACCCAGUCGCUAUGGCUGAGACCCACCAGAGAAGCUCCUCAAGGACGGAAGUGAUGGGGAUUCAUCUGUGGGUUCCAGAGCCCAGCAUACAGGGCCCUACAUACAGGAAGCUUCUUGAGGUGUUUGUUCUGGAGACCAGAAGCCUGAUCAAGGUGUCAGCAAGGCUAGUGCCUUCUGAGUGCUGUGAAGGAGAAUUUGUUACCUGCCUUCUGGUGGAAUUUGUGACCCUCAAGGAUGUGGCCAUGGACUUCACUUUGGAUGAUUGGAAGGAGCUGGGCCUAGACCAAGGGGACCUGUUUUGGGACACAGCACUGGACAACUACCAGAAUCUCUUCCUGCUGGACCCCCUAAGACCCAACUUGACCACCCACUUGGAUGGCAAUGGAGAGCUGGAGGCCCUGGUGAGAAAAAGCCCAGAAGCGACAGGCCCUGACACGGUUGAGACCAAGAACUCUUCUUUGAAGCAGGAUUUCUUGGAAGAAGGACUCUCCCAAGAGAUUUUGGAGACGUUUUCCAAGGAUGGAUUUUGGAACUCCAAUUUUGUAGAAGAUUGUAUAGAUGAGAGCUGGUUAGAUAGUUUGCUGGGAGAUCCAGAAAGUCUUCUGAGGUCUGAUGUUACCACCAACAAAGAAAGUUCCAAAGAAUGUAAGAGUCACGAGUUCAAGAGAGGCCUUAGUCCUAUAUCCCUCCUUUCCACAGGAGAGGACUCUGUGGUACACGAUCUUCCUGAAAAGACCUUCACGCCAGCUAAGUCUAAUGAAGAUAGGAGUAACUUUGGCUACUACUCAGACCAGAGCCAGCAGAAUUCUGUCCAGGGAGGGGAGAAACCAUAUAAAUGUAGUGAAUGUGGGAAAAGCUUUAGUGGGAGUUACCAUCUUAUCCAGCACUGGAUUAUUCAUACUAGGGAGAAACCUACUGUGCAUCAAGAGUGUGAGAGAAGUUCUUGUCUUUUUGUUCAUCCGAUGACUCAAACAGGCUACAAAUCUUAUGUCUGCAAGGAAUGUGGGGAAACUUUUAGUCAGAAUACGCACCUUGAAUGGCAUCGGAAAACUCACACUGGAGAAAAACCAUGUAAGAGUCAAGACAGAGACCAGCAGUCCCUUUGUGGCAAACGGUCUUUUAAAUUUCACAGAACUCAUAUAAUUAGUAAAUCCUAUAAAUGUAAUGAUUGUGACAAGACUUUCAGCCAGACUUUUCAUCUUAUUCGGCACCAGAAGAUCCAUACUCCAAAACGCUAUGAAUGUGCCAAAUGCCAGGCGACCUUCAACUUGAGCAAACGCUUCAUCCAACACCAGAAAACUCAUGCUGCCAAAGCUACCUCUGAGUGUCAGGAGUGUGGGAAGGUCUUCAGGCACAGUUCCCUGCUCAUUGAACACCAGGCUGUUCAUACUGGAGAGAAACCUUAUAAGUGUAAUGAAUGUGGGAAACUCUUCAGCUAUAACUCUACCUUAAAGAUACAUCAGAGGGUUCACAGUGGAGAGAAGCCUUACAAAUGCAGUGAGUGUGGGAAAGCCUUCUGUCGGUACACUCACCUUAAUGAACAUCAGCAAAUUCAUUCAGGCUACAGACCACACAAAUGUCAGGAGUGUGUCAAGAGUUUUAACCGGCCCUCAAAACUGAUUCGACAUCAGUCCAUUCAUACCACAGAAAAGCCCUACAGCUGUUCUGAAUGCAAGGAGACCUUUAGUCAUAAUGAACACCUUGUGCAACACCAGAAAAUCCACACUGUUGAAACCCCCUAUGAAUGUCAGGAGUGUGGAGAACGCUUCACUUGCAUCUCAACUCUGAAUUGCCACCAGAGCGUUCACACUAGAGAAAAACAAGUAUUUGAUGUGAAUAGGAAGACCUUGGAUCAGAGCACAGAACAGAGAGAGCAUCUAAGGUUUGAUGAAAAGCACUUUAAGUGUAACAAAUGUGAGAAAACCUUUAGCGACAGCAGAUACCUAAUUCAGCACAAGAGAAUUCACACCAUCAUGAAGCCAUUUGAGUGUGACCAGUGUGGGCAAGGCUUUGGCCAAAGUGCUCAGCUCAUUCACCAUCAAAGAAUCCACUCCCUAGCAGGGCCACAUGAACAUGGUGAGCAUAGGAAAGCAUUCAGCAGCAGCACCUCCCUCAUUGAACUUCAGUCUUUUCAUACAAGCAAGCACCCCUUUAAAUGUAACAAAUGUGAAAAGACCUUCAGCCAGCGUGCAUCCCUCUCAGAACAUCGGUUAAUUCACAUUGGAGAGAAACCCUUUAAAUGUAACAAGUGUGACAGAGUCUUUACCCAGAAUAAUUACCUUAUUCAGCAUCAGAGAAUUCAUGCUGAAAAGAAACCUCUUGAGUGUAAAGAAUGUGGGAAAACAUUCAGUCAGAGCUCAUGCCUAUCUAAACAUCAUAGAAUUCACACAGGAGAGAAACCCUAUGAAUGUGGUGACUGUGGGAAAGCCUUUAGCCUUAGUGCUGAACUUAACCGCCACCAGAGAGUUCACACUGGAGAAAAGCCUUACAUUUGUCAGGAAUGUGGAAAAGGCUUCAGCCAGGGAUCAUGCCUUACUAUUCACCAGAGAGUUCAUACUGGGGAGAAGCCCUACAUAUGUAGCGAAUGUGGGAAAGCCUUUGCCCAGAAAGCAAAUCUAACACAGCACAAGCGAAUUCACACUGGGGAGAAGCCUUAUACCUGUGAUGUGUGUGGCAGAGCCUUUGGCUUCAGUGCCCAUCUCAGUCAGCACCAGAGAAUUCACACCCAGGAGAAACCUUAUCAGUGUCAACAUUGUCAAAAAACCUUUCGGUCCUGCUCAGCUCUUAGCCGCCAUCAGAGGGUACACAAGUAACAAUACUUCCUGCAGCUACUGGGUGGCAGCAGAGCCCCAGACAUCAGAAACCAUGUUCAUAUGAGAUUAAAACUUGAAACUAUCAAAAAAAAAAAAAAAAAAAAAAAAAACAACAAAAGUUGAAACCAUCACAUUGCAAGCUUCCCUCCAAAUAAAUACAUCUCUUUAUUAGUAAAGAUUGAUGAAAAUGUUUGCACACAUGAGUUGCAUUAAAACAAUGAAAACAAAAAUUGAGAAGCCAUACAACAAUGGGAUUCAGAGGGAGACUCUGGAGCCAGUCUGCCUAAUUUAAAUGCCACCUUUACUGUCUACCACAUAAGUGACCUUGGUAAAAUCAUAAAAUCUCUCAGGGCCUCCGUGUCCUCAUCUGUAAAGCAGACACAACAAUAUUUACCUCAGAUCGUGUUGCAUUAAAUAAAUAAAUGUGAAGCACUUAGAACUAAUAUCCAGCAUUUAAGUACUCACCUAGUGUGGGCUACAAAUACAUGUCAGCUAUAAUACAAAUAUACCCUUUUACAUUAAAAGAAGAAAAGAAUUGGUAGCCUGCCUCUUUUUACUGCAGUUAAUGUUCUCAUAAUGGUACUGCUUUUAGUUUAAAUUUUCCUUUUUAAAAAGUUUUUGUAUACCAUCUUAACUCUUUUAAAAUGUCUUGCCUUUUCUGGCUUCUGUCUCUGUUCUGUGUAGUUUUUUCUUAACCUCCAGAAGGCCAAAAGAGUCUAUAAACUCCUAACCUGAGGCUAAAAUUUUCCACUCCUAACUGCUCAAGCUUCUCACUCAAUGGACAUUCCCUCUCAUGUUACACAUUUCCUCUUAUUGUAAUCUUCCUUCAUUAAAAGCUGUUGAUUAUACCAUAUGAGACCUAGUUUAUCAUGGGAGUUAAUGAUAACUGAAAACACAGCUGGAUUCACUUAGGAAAGCUGCAUUGAUCAAGAUGUCACCAUACAAAACACAGCAUAUAUGGAAGACGUGCCUGGGGAGUUGAAAAUUGUGUGCAGAAGUGGUAGGAGUGGUUACUGUUCAUUGUGCACCAUUUAUCCAGGAUGACUACUCAUCAGGCAGUCUGCUAGGGUCGGAGUGGUUAACACCAAUACAAUAAACCCUGCCCCUGCUUGGAAACUUAGGAAGGGAAAUGAAUGACUCCAUUUUUAUAGAAGAUUGCUGUUAACAAGUGACAUCCUAAGUGUCACAUUCCGUCCUAUCAGGAAGUUCUGGGACCACCAAGGAUUGCUGGAGAGCCCAAAGAGAUGGAACCAUACAACCAUCUCCCUCUUGACAAUGCCUCAUCAGUUCUGGGCUUUUGUGCCUGACCCACUAAGUGAUCCAGUCACAUGUUUGCUGAAGCAUGACAGUAUCUUAUGAAAACAUUAGAUCCUGAUACUUUCAAUGCCUUUUAUGUUUUCAGUGCUUAAAAUAGUUUAGGGGUAAGUGCUCUACCCUUGGGCUAUUUAAACCUUGCACCUUAAGUUCUUUUGGUUUUAUGGUUGAAAUUCGGAGCCUUUUGGCUGAUCUUUGGGCCCAUGCAACAGUGGGGAGUGUAUUGUUUUUCAAAUGGCCAAAACCUUUAACUCUGUGCAUAUAGUUCCUUCCCUCUGGAACUCUGUCUAGGAGACGAGCAUGUUAUUAAUACAUACAAAAAGGGUAUACAAAGUUUCAGGGCAGGAAAACAAUUGGGAAGUGUGUUCAAUGUGAAUUUUGACACCAAUGAUAGUAAUAGGAGGCUUCCUAGAAAAUUAGCAGCCAUUGGUUUUGGCAGGGGUAAAUCUCUGUGAUUAUCUGUUGCUGUGGGCCGGGGUAGAAAUGUCUUCCAUAUGUGCAUGUUAGUUGGUUCUUCUGAUUAAAGUUUUGAGUCUAAAAGUGUUGGUUUCUUCUCUCAGCCUGGUACCACACAGCCAGAUGCCAGGCAUCAAGAGUCCCUGCUUAGGUUCUCAUGGUGGGGGUGCUUAUGAUGGUGAAUGUUGCCUGGUAAGAGGCAACAGCUGAGUCUUUUUCCACCGACUAGGCAGGGUACAAACCUUUGGGGAAGUAUACAAUUUCAGUUGGUCCUCAGAUAUAUCAUCAAACAAUGCUUUUCAGUUCUGUACAAUUCUGAGUAACCAAGGAGAAAGCACAGGCAGCAUGUAGUCCACUCCUGUAAUUACAAACAAUACACCUCAGACAAACUUAACAUGGACAUUCUGAAAAUUGUAAGUAUUCAAUAAUUCAUCUACUUCCAUCUUAAAAAUGUAUUUGUUAAUAAAUACUACUCUAUGAAAUCAUGUCCAAAUUAUGAUUUUUCCCCUACAACAGGCCAAUGUAUCUGAGUCU